CUUACAGUUAACAGUUUGUACGUCACACUUCUUCACUGUUGUCUUGCGUCUAUCAUAUUUUUUGUGGAGUUGACAUGCAAUUUCCUUUAACUGGCCCUGAUCUUGAAAAUAGUGAGCCCCCUAAAGCCAAAGAAAUUCCUAAGACUCUUGUUCAACAGUUUCCUGAAGAAAAUUUCAAGGACACGAGAAUAGAUGAGUACUACUGGUUAAGGUCAGAUACCAGAGCAGAUCAAGAAGUUCUUACUCACUUGAAACGCGAAAACGCUUAUACCGAAAACGUGCUUAUGAACGGAACGCGCGAACUUCGUGAGACUUUGUACAAUGAAAUGAAAAACAGAAUUAAGGAGGAUGAUCUACAACCCGCGAGAAGAAAAAAAGAUUAUUUUUAUUAUGAGAGAGUCACCAAAAAUAAUCAGUAUCUUAUUCAUUGCAGGCAACCUAUUGACUAUGACCGAACUUCAAAAAAGCCUACCAUUGAUGAUGACAUUGAUCCUUCCUUUGAAACUGAAGAGAUUUUGUUGGAUGAAAAUGAACGUGCGAGUAAUUUAGAAUCAUAUGUUUUGGCUAACUUGGUGGUCUCUCCAGAUUCCUCCAAGAUGGCUUUUACUGAAGACCGAACAGGUAGUGAAAAUUAUGAGUUAUAUAUUAAAGACUUGCGGGCAUCGCUACUUCACCGUGUGGAGCUGGAGGGCCACAAUGAAAACUGCUCUGGAGACGUUGCUUGGGGGGCCAAUAAUGUUUUAUACUACCUUACCAAAGAUAAGCUUAACAGACCCUUCAAGCUAUACAAGUGCGUUUUCACUUUUGCGGAGGCCGAGAAGGAGGGCGACCUUUUUGUGCGCAACGCUGUUCACUCCCUCGUGUGGCACGAGACUGACGAACGCUUUUCACUAUCACUAUCCCGCUCGAAUUCCGAAGCCGUAGUUUACUUGGUAAGUCAGUCCGCUGUUACGUCCGAAGUUUUUUUCCUACGUGCGGACGACGUCGACGACAACAGGAAGCUGAAGGGCGUUUUGCCUCGAAGGCAGUCCGUGGAAUACUCGGUUGCUGACGUGGACGGUCGCCUUUUUUUUAUUGUGUGCAACUCUGACAACUGCUACAAUUCGAAAUUGCUGGUCGCCAAAAAUGUUCGUCUGGGCCGGUAUGAAGAUUGCGAAGAGCUAAUUCCUCACAGAACGGAGGUCAAGUUGGAGGCGAUCAGGACUUUUCAGGAGCACGUGGUCCUUGUGGAGCGCUAUAAAGGGCUCCGAAGGCUUUGCGUUUACUCUCUGAAUCCCGCUAAAGGAGGACCGGCGCGAGAGGCCCGACCCUUGGAUCUUUGUGACUGGCAAAGCAACUUGGUGGCGUUAUACGCCUUGGGGACCAUCGCCUUCCCUGAGGAGUCUUAUUCUCUCCGAAGGGUCUCCGGUUUUUAUUUCUCGCAUAUCCUCCGCUUUGUGUACACCAGCUUCAAUGUACCGGGUACCGUUUACGAUUACGAUUUAUGGACGGGCGCGCGCAAAGUUAAAAAAAUUCAGGCAGUCUUAGGAGACUUCUCUUCGGAUGACUACCAAGUUAAACGCACGUGGGCAACCGCUGUGGACGGCGUCAAGGUGCCCGUGAGCUAUUGCUACCAUAAACGGAAGUGUACCUUCCCUGCGCCUGCUUACCUGGACGGCUACGGCAGUUAUGAGUACUGCAAUGAAGCUGUUUUCAGCUCAUCUCUUUUGAGCUUGCUGGACAGAGGAGUGCUCGUGGUCAUAGCACAUGUCCGCGGGGGCGGUGAAUUGGGGCGCAUGUGGUACGAGGACGGAAAGUUUUUCAAGAAGCAUAACACGUGGCGCGACUUUCUUUCAUGUACCGCUCAUCUGGUCAGUGAGAGGAUUGCUCAGGAGGGGAAUAUUGUUUGUGUUGGAGCCUCAGCGGGUGGUUUAUUGAUCGGAGCGCUGUUGAACGAAUGCAAGGAAAAUACCUAUGCCGGUGCCGUAAACCGUGUGGGUUUUGUAGAUGUCUUGACCACCAUGAGCGAUCCUUCCAUCCCUUUAACGAUGUGCGAGUGGGAAGAAUGGGGGAAUCCCACCUCCUCGAAGGCCUGCUACGAGUAUAUAAAAAGUUACUCUCCCUACGACCAAAUCCUAAACACCAAAAUAAAAACGGAAGUUUCAGACUCUAGGAAAAAGUUUUUUCCUCCCAUUCUGGCAACGGCAGGAUUAAACGAUCCACGCGUGGGCUACUGGGAGCCUGCGAAGUGGGUCCAGCGGCUCCGGAAGUACGACGCGAAUCACGGCAGAAAUAUUUUGUAUCGCUGUCUUCUGGAGAGCGGGCAUUUUUCCAAAAGUGGAAGAUACUCCAGACUGGAGGAACUGGCCUUAAUAUAUGCCUUUUCCUUGAGCUGCCUUUUCAAAAAAGCUGAAUUUUAAUAGU